UUGGGAGGGGGGGGGGAUUCAAUUAUAUGCAGCUGUUGUGCUUCAUUUGGAGAUGUGUUAAUUUUUGGUUUUUAUUUUAAUUUGGGAAGAAAUUGAAGUAAAAGUAAGUUCAUUAUAGUGAUUAAGAUUAUAUUUAAAUGUUGACCUCUGUACCUUAUUUUUAAAAUUUUUACUUAUUAUGUCUGUUUGUUUUGUUCACACAUUGUUGUCAAUAAAUUGGAAUUUUAUGCGGCUGUCAUACAAGUGGGAGAUUUAGCUAGCUAUACUACCAGGUUUAAUCCGCCAUUUUCUACAUAAGAAAAAUGCCUGUACCAAGUCAGGAAUAUUUUGUCAUUCAAAGGGACUUUCCGUUUAGAAUUUUCCUUGGAGUUCGGUAUUUUUGUUAUUUUAAUUUUUAGAAAAUCACAAAUUUUGAGAAACAUCUAUUAAACGAAAACUAAUAUGAAGGUAAAAUAUGAUAUCCUAAAUUGAUUUUCGGUGUAAAAAAAUAAAAUGCAUAUAUAUAUAUAUAUAUUUGAUGAAAAUUGUAAAAAAUAAUUUUUGUUAUAAUGUAGUUUAAAAUCAAAAUCUUAUUUUUUUGAAAUAUUCAUUCCAUAAUUUAAGCAAGUGUUUCUAUGUUCCUAAAUUUUUCAAAAACAAAAAUACAAAAGACAUAACAAAGAUCUUAACUGACAGUUGGAUAUCCAUCUAUCAAAUUAGUCAGUCUUUAGUUUUGUAUGUUGUGUUUAGUGUACUGUUGUUUGUCUCCUGGUCGUUUUUAUUUUUGAUAUCUGCAUUGUCAGUUUGUUUUCAAUUAAUGCGUUUGGAUGUCCCUUUGGUUUAAUUGCCUCUCUUUUAAAAAGGAUUUAAAUAAAUUGGUAUUAUUGAAAAUAAAAGUAACUAAGCCUAUCGUAUAGCCAUUUUCUGAAUCCUGAUUUGACUCUAAAAAUGUACCAUCAUUCAUAAUAACAAUUCCAUCAUCCCCGUUAUAUUUAACUACAAUACUUUUUUCUUUCCUCUUUUAACAUACAUUGUACCCAAAAGUAAUUCAUAACAUGAAUUGUUCUUGCCACCACUAGUGAAAAACGAUUUUACACCCUUCCGGAGUACCUGAGUCUAUCUCUAAUUUGUUUUGUCGACAGCUGUCUUUUCGUCUUUUUUGUUUCUUUUAGCCAUGUUGUUGCUUGUCGUUCCUAGAUUUAAGGUUUCAAAUCCCCCCCUUGAUGUCUUCUUACAUUUUUUUUAAGCUAACGUAGAUAACCUUUUAGUGAAUAUCACUAGCAUUUUAAUAAGUAUUGAUUUUGUUUCCUACUACACACUAUACAAAUAUCAGGCAUACAUAUAUUUAAUAUGUACAUGUAUAAAGAUGGUCAUUUAUAAUGCAUGAUUAUUCACUUUUCAUUAUUAGCUUCAAAUUAUAUCUGCGUAUUACAGUUGAAACUAAAUGGUAUGAUAUAAACCAAUAGCCAAUAUAUUUAGAUUAAGAUAUAGGUUCAACGAGGUACAUAUGAAGUACAAAUUUCCAAUAAUUUAUUUAACACUGGCGUCAUUUUCUUAAAAUCGCCAAAAAUGCUGAAAGUGGCGUUGAAAAACAAAAAUCAAUCAAUCACAAAAUUUGAAAUAAAGCUUUUUAUUGUCUUUCGGUUACAACGCAAUUCAUUUUGUGAUAGACGUCCUUUUAUACAAAAAUGUACGAAAUCAUGUGAAGUUUGCAAAUUUGUGUCAAAAUGCCUUUAACAGAAAUAUUACGUGAUCAUAUGAAGUGUUGAAUAGCAUUUUGAUUUAAUGAAAAUAUUAAAGUACACACAUGACACAUGCUAUUUAAAUAUUCAAAUUUUAAAAGAAUUUGACAAUUUUUAGAUUUUGAGCCUGUGAACGAAACGAUAAUAGUGAAAAUUGGCCCUAUCUCUUUGGCAGUGCUUGAGUUUUUCAAAGGACAUUCAUUUUAAACGUGAUGCAUAUAUAGUGGUAGUUCUUAAUCCUUAAUUAUAAGUUAACCAUCAAUUGUUUUUAAUUAUCAAAUUGUAUUUAUUAAUCCUUUUUGUUGUGCAUAUCUAUAAAAAGAGUGUGACAAUGUGAUCUUAAACUUAAUAUAUAAACUACUUUUGGUUGAAUCAUCAACCGUCCUAACACUUAUAACCUUACUUCCUUCCAUAACGGAAACAACAAUGGAUGAUAGUAGAGUAAUACUUUUGUUAGUUGUGAUUUUAAUACUAGUACGUGUAUAUAAUUCUGAAGAAAACAUAUAUGAAAGAUUGCUAUGCGAAAAUUCAAGUGUGAAACUACAGUGUCCUAUGGAAAAAUUAGUAGACGAUAUAAAUAUAACUGCGUCUUCUGAUGUAGACGAAGAGAGUUGUUACAGUAGUCUACCAACAGACACUGCAGAUGAUACCAAAUCAUGGAAUCAGGAACCUAUAUCAUCUUGUAUUGGUAGAAAGUCCUGUGAGUUAACAGGCAAAAUGAUAAACAUGUCAUAUUAUACGGGUUUGGGAAGAACUAGGAAGUUUCACGUUAAAUUUAACUGUGUUCUGGGAACUAGUGUCAAUAUUUCAAGACCGGAUAAAACCGUAUGUCCUUUAGAUAUAUCUUCUGUAGUGUGUAACCAACCGAACAGACGACUACUCGUUCUAGCUGUAAAUCUAACACAGGAGACAUUUGUUUGUUCAACACCAGACCUAAAUAACACGUGUAGAAAGCGGAUUGAAGAAGAUGUAAAAUCAUCUUGCAAUACAAAACGAAGGUGCGAUCUAGUUUCUAUAUCUACUCUAGAUGAAUGCAUAAAGAUACCGAAGAGAGCAAAAAUUACGUUUACAUGUAAAGAGAGUCGAAAUGAAAAUUCAAUAGAAAAUAAGUAUAAUAUUGCAGGCGUUUCUGUUGGUGUCACGGCAGGAGUAGUCCUCAUUCUUGGUGCCCUCUUUGUAAAAUUUUGGUUUGCAAAAAGAAAAGACCGCGACACUGUCCAAAGUCGAUCGCACUAUACGGAUGCAGACACUACACAUACUAAUACGUCUUACGAAAAGUUGAAUUGCAAAACUGUGACGAAUAAAACAUACGAGAAUCCCGAUGCCGUCAUUCCAUGUUUAUCACAUCGACAACAUAUUCCAACACAGGAACACAAGGGUUAUACUGCUGGUGAUUCGGUAAUCGGAACAGCGGAUGUACAUGAAGAGCUAUCUCCGGAUCCAUAUUCCUAUGUGAGCAACUGUAAUACGUCUUCCGCUUCGAUAGAAUAUGAUACCCCAAAUAUGAAUGUCAAUCAUUAUGAACUGUCUAAACCAAUAGAAGAUUCCGACGCAUCUACACAUUUUACUGAUGACGACAAGUACUCGUAUGACAUUUCAAGACAUGCAGACUUUCCCGAUCAACACAAAGGUUUAUACAAUAGAAGUGAUGAUUCCAUGUAUAAUAUUACUUCCAACAUUAGACCGGAAGACAUUGUCAAUCAAACAUACGACCACUGCCGUAGUGAAACAAACACAUGACACUGUAAAAGCAAUGAAACCUUAAAUAUCUCAAACAAUUCUAGCAAAAAAAAUUAACUGUCUUUUUCAGUAGUUUUACAAACAAAAAGGCGUUAUAUUAAGAAUUGCUGUGUGAUAUAUUUCCAAGUCGGUGCAUAUGAUACUACUAAUAAAUACUUAUUUCAUCUUUA